UCGCCUCUCCACUUCCUCUUCCUCCCUCGCUCGCUCACCAAGCAUUCCAGGUCCCAGAAGCAUCUAGACCUAAGAAUUUACGCAACCCAGUCCACCGUCGACGGUCUUCUGGCCAGCCGGCGAUGGCCGGAUGCUGACGUUCUCCUCGGAGGAAGGUCGGCCUCAAGAACUGGUGACGGCGGCUUGCUAGGGUGCCACGCAAUUCCACCGCUACUCCAAACCCACAAGAUCUACAGCGGCCAGAGCCGGCGCACCCCAGCUGUUCGGCGUAAUGCCUAAGGAGCAAGCGACGGCCCCCCGCAGGCGGAAGGCGGCGCCCGAGGCGCGUGGCGGCGAGGGGAUCGACGCUCUGCCGAGCGAGGUCCUGCAGCAUGUACUGUCCUUCCUGCCGGUGGCGGAGGCCGUGCAGACCUGCGUGCUGGCUCGGCGCUGGCGCCACCUCUGGAAGUCCAUGCCGGUCCUGCGCAUCACCUGCGAGGGCAUGAUUCUGAACCGGCGGGGCGUUAGGAGGCUCAACAAGUUUGUGAACCACCUGCUGCUCCUCCGUGACCGCAGCGCGCCCCUGCAUGCGUGUGAGAUAGAGCUCACUACUUUCCAUAGCCAGGAUGAACCGCAGUUUAUCCUCAAAAGAGAUUUGAUGUGGUGCCCAACCUUUAGCAAGUUAAAAACCUUGUUACUCAAUGAUUGGUGUAUGAAGGCCAAUCUUGGUGCACUCAUGUGCUUUCUCCAACAUACACCUGUUCUCGAAAAGCUUACCAUCCAGCUUUGUCAGGCACCCAGCAGUCGGAUGGGGACUGAAGGAAGCUACAAUCUGACGGGACAACCGUUCGCAUCUAACAAGCUUAAGGUACUUGAAAUCAAGUGUGAGAAGAUUGAUGAGAGGGUUCACAGAAUUUUAACGUUCUUGAGUACCUAUAGCAUACAUGUUGAGCAAAUCAAUAUCCAGCAGAGUAUUGGAUCUUCUGAAGAGCCCAAGGAUUUUCCUGAGGAACCCAGAGCUGGACCUUCUCAAGCGCGAACUCCGCGUGUGUUGCCCUCGCAGAAUGCUCAGUUGAGGAGCAUGGCUGAGCAGAUUGUAGUCAGGCAGGAGCAGAUCGAAGUUGAGCAACAGCAGAUCCUAGCGCUUCUGGGGCAGAUCCAAGUUGAACAGCAGCAGGUCAUAGCGCAUCAGGAGGAGAUCCAAGUUGAGCAGCAGCAGAUCAUAGCUGGGCAGCAGCAGCAGAGGCACCUCUUGACUCGGAUCUUAGCCCAGCUCCAGGAAUAUUCAGCUCGGAAGACUCCACCAGCUGCACCUUGUGCUGCAGGCUCAGCUCACACAGAGUGUCUUGAGUGACUUGGCGCAUUUGCAGAGACUUUGAUCAUCCAUUGUCACUACAUGUCAGCUAUAUGCAUAUGUCAGUUUAUCUGUUAGGCACUUAGCUGUUGGAAGUUGGAGAAAACGUUGCAUGUUGGAUGACCUUUGGUGAAUGGGAUUAUGCUAUGGGCGAUGGGAUAUGCUGUGUCAUACAUAGCAUAUGUUUUCUUACAUAUUUGUGUGAUAUGCACUUUUAUCUAUAUAUACUCCCUCCGUCCCAUAAUAGUGUAGUGUAAAAAACGCUCUUAUAUUAUGGGACGGAGGGUGUUGUUAUGAUUUUCA